GCAUGCGAUUUCCAAGUCCGAUGUAAUCCUAGCCGUGUCAUCCUCUACUUCCUCGUUCCUUGAGAUCGGGCCACCAUGAAGUUCAACAGGGUUGCGAUGUAAGCCUAGCCGUUUUAUCCGCCAUCUACUUCGUCGUUCCUUGAGAUCGAUCGGACCGCCAUGAAGUUCGUUCGCCGCCGCCGCCGUGAUCUGCCGAAAAUCGACAGCCUAAUCAAGCUGCCCGACGACGUGCUGCUCAACAUCCUCGAGAGGGUGGGCACCCUCGACGCCGUCAGGACCUGCGUCGUCUCCAAGCGAACGCUCAACCUGCCCACCUUGCUCUCGCAGAUCGUGAUCGUCCCCAGCGCCCGGGAUCUACGCUGGAAGAACCGCCAGGUGGUCGACAUGACCGAAAAGAUCCUCAGCACGAGGUCUCCGCAGAUACCCAUACGCAAUCUCAAGCUCAGGUUCAUCAUGAGAGGCGACGACCAUCUCAGGAUCGGCAGGUCCGUCGCCCUCGCCAUGGCGACCCAGAAGAUCGACGCCGCCGAGUUCGAGAUCCUCGCAAAGAGGCAGCACAAUGAUUACAGCCAUGACGACCUCCUCUCCUUCGCCAAGCUGUUCAAUGAUUUUAUCAGCGAGUGCCCGGCCGCAUUCGCCGGUCUCACGCGGCUGCAUCUGCACAACCUCAGGUUUGGCGAGUCCGACGUACCCACCAUUCUUCGCACUUGCACGCGGUUGGAGUCGUUGUGCUUCUUCCAGUGUGACGCAGGGGAGAGAUCAAUGUUGACUCUACACCAUGCUCGACUUGCCGAGCUUGACAUUACCUCUGGGAAAUUCUUGGUGAUAAGGCUUGGACGCCUACCCAACCUUCAACGUAUGAGUUAUAAAAAUUGGCACUAUGAUGAUCAUUGCCCCAUAGCUCUGGGUUUUGUCCCUAAGCUCUCGAACCUAGAUCUCUCUCGUGGAUAUGCUGUAGACAGGGCCCUCGACCUAAGCAAGACGCUUGUUAAGGCUCCCCCGAUAAGCGAUCUCCACCUCGAUUUUCAAAGUGAAAAGAUUUGGAUUCGACCAGAAUGCCCAAAAGUGCUCGCUCCUCUGCUGAGCCAACUACGGCUUGUGAAUUUGGACAAUCUCCCUGAGGAAUGUGACAUCGCUUGGACGAUGUUCUUUCUCGAAGCUGCACCAUCCAUUGAGGAGCUUUCCAUCACAGUAUGGGGUCAUAAGUGCCAAAGGAAGUCGCAAAUAAGUUACUCUAAUAGCAUGGCUGUGAAGUGGAAGCCAUCUACUCCUGAUUUUAAGCACAUGAAUCUGGCCAGGCUAAAUAUCUACGGAUUCCAGUCCAACGACAACUUCAUGGGAUACGUUAGGCGCGUCGUUCAAGCUGCGGUGAACAUCAAGGAGGUAUCUUUGCACGACAGGAAGGUGUGCAAGGUCUGCAUUGACAAGUUUGUUCGUCUUGGGGUUCGUCCUUGGAGUUGUCUAGGGACCAGUGAGCAGGCGGAUUCAUUCAGAAACGAGAUCACAGAGGUGAUCAACGCAAGGGCGAGGGCGAGGGCGGUGACUAUGGCGAUGGCGAUGACGAUGGCAAUCCGAUUGCUUCCGCUCAUAAGGUCUGCCGUGAUGUACCGAAAACAGCUUAGAGAAACUUUGCUGACAAUGACAACAUUGCUGGAAGAAGAAAAUGCGUGUGUAGUGUCUGGGGCCAGCUCUGGCGCGGUGGUGGAUCCCAACUCAGUCCGCACGAACGUCGCCAGCCAGGCGAUGACACGGUGCUUCCUCGGGGCACUCGGGCUUGUUGGAGCUCCAUGGAGAACGACUCUACAAUGCUUUAGAUUUGCAACGAUCGAUGUCUGAACUUUAUAGUGACAUUGAUUGAGGUGAAGAGAGGCAAAUUCGGUUAAUAAUAGGCGUCGGCCUCCCGAUCAU